GCACCGUACUUCCAGUUGCAGGCACUCCUUUUCAGUUUUGCUUGCUCCAGCCUCCAGAAACCUCCCGACUGCUCGCCAGCAAUCCGGCCCCGGUCCCUUCCCCAGACACUGAAUCUCAAGGGGAGCGUUGUUGCAGCAGAAAUCCCGAAGUUCUCGAGCCAAAUUUGGUCUUGUUCCGCUCAAAUUGCCUUCCUUUCGCUGUGUUCUUGUGGGCCAUGUCUCUGUACGACGGGCUCGCCGGAGUUUAUCCGGAAGAGGAGGAAGACCGCCACGCCGUCCAGAUGGGUGACUCCGACUACGAGGAAGAUGAGUCGGACCAAUCUACUUGUAAGGCGACAGAAGACACAACCCCUAUGGAUGUGAAGAAAGGGAAGGAUAUACAAGGGAUCCCUUGGGACAGGAUGAACACUACAAGAGACAGGUACAGGCAAGCAAGGUUGCAGCAGUAUGCCAAUUUUGAGAACAUACCUAAUUCCGGAAGAACCUCGGAGAAGGAAUGCACACCUGCAGAGAAAGGCCAAGUGUACUACGAGUUUCAGCACAACACGAGAUCGGUGAAAUCGACCAUUCUUCAUUUCCAGUUGAGAAAUUUAGUAUGGGCAACGACAAGGCAUGAUGUGUAUCUUAUGUCAUACUAUUCUGUGCUUCAUUGGUCAGCAUUGACUCGUGAGAAGCAAGAAAUCAUUGAUCUUCAAGGGCAUGUCGCACCAUGUGAGAAGCACCAUGGAAAUUUCUCUGAGGGAUUUUAUCAUACUCAAGUCAGUACUUUGGCAGUGAAAAACAACUUGCUUGUUACUGGUGGAUUUCAUGGCGAAAUAAUAUGCAAGUUUUUGGAUCGUCGAGGAAUAAGCUAUUGUUGUAAGUCAACAAAUGAUGACAAUGGUAUUACCAAUUCUUUGGAGAUAUACGAGAAACCUAGUGGUUCUCUACACUUCUUGGCCUCAAACAAUGAUUGCGGAGUUAGAGACUUUGACAUGGAGAAGUUUCAAAUCUGCAAUAACUUCCGAUUUGCUUGGCCUGUGAAUCAUACAUCACUGAGUCCUGAUGGCAAACUUGCUGUGAUUGUGGGGGACAAUCCUGAUGGACUUCUGGUUGAUCCUAAUUCAGGAAAAACGGUUCAUGAUCUCCGUGGCCAUUUGGAUUACUCCUUCGCAUCAGCAUGGAACCCAGAUGGCCGAACAUUCGCCACUGGAAACCAAGACAAGACAUGCAGGGUAUGGGACAUCAGGAAUCUCUCCAAAUCAAUUGCCGUACUGGGUGGCAAUAUCGGAGCCAUCAGGUCAAUUCGCUACACAUCCGAUGGGAAGUUCUUGGCGAUGGCAGAGCCUGCAGAUUUCAUCCACAUCUUUGAUGUUGAUAGUGGGUACAGCAGGAAGCAGGAACUGGAUUUCUUUGGUGAGAUCGCAGGCAUAUCAUUCAGCCCUGAUACUGAAGCUCUUUUUGUCGGUGUGCAUGAUCGCGCAUACAGCAGCCUCCUCCAGUUCAGCCGCCGACGAUUCUACUCGUACCUUGAUUCAACACUGUGAAGUUGCUACUGGCAGGGAUCUGUGAGUGAGAUCCAGAUCGCAGGUUGUAGAAACUAGAAAUGGGUGUAUAUGUUUGUAGGUGUUGCUCUGAAGAAACCGAUGUGCGGUGCGUUUACUUUUGCUGAACAAGGUGUAGAUAUUCAGCUAGCCAUGUUUCUUUUGCUGAAAAAAGCUGUAGAUAUUCAGCGAGCCAUCUUUUUGGAGAUUUGUGCUGUUUCAGCUGCUGUAACGUUGUUGUACAUAAAGGGCUACUUGAUCAACAGUUUCACGCAAGUUGUCAUCGAUUCAAGCU